GUGGGGUGCGGAGCCGGGUUGGAGCCGCGCCUGCUGCCACUGCUGCCACCGCCUACGAAGCCUGCCGUGUGCCUGGCGCUUCUGGGACGAUGCGUCCGGGGCCCGGAGGCUGCUGUUGCCGUCGCCCGACGCGGGCGAACGGCUGCUUUGCGAACGGGGAAGUGCCGAACGGGUAUGUGAGGAGCACCGCAGCUGCCGCCGCCGCCGCCGCUGGCCAGAUCCAUCAUGUUACACAAAAUGGAGGACUGUAUAAAAGACCAUUUAAUGAAGCUUUUGAAGAAACACCAAUGCUGGUUGCUGUGCUUACUUAUGUGGGGUAUGGUGUACUCACCCUCUUUGGAUAUCUUCGAGAUUUCUUGAGGCAUUGGAGAAUUGAAAAGUGUCACUAUGCAACAGAAAGAGAAGAACAAAAGGACUUUGUAUCAUUAUAUCAGGACUUCGAAAACUUCUAUACAAGGAACCUCUACAUGAGGGUCAGAGACAACUGGAAUCGACCAAUCUGUAGUGUACCUGGAGCCAAAGUGGACAUCAUGGAAAGACAGUCUCAUGACUACAACUGGUCAUUCAAGUACACAGGGAAUAUAAUUAAAGGUGUUAUAAACAUGGGUUCCUACAACUAUCUUGGGUUUGCACGGAAUACUGGAUCAUGCCAAGAAGCAGCUGCCAGAGUCCUCGAGGAGUACGGAGUUGGCGUGUGCAGCACACGGCAGGAAAUUGGAAACCUGGACAAGCAUGAAGAGCUAGAGAAGCUUGUGGCGACUUUCUUGGGAGUAGAAGCUUCUAUGGCAUAUGGCAUGGGAUUUGCAACCAAUUCAAUGAACAUUCCCGCUCUUGUUGGCAAAGGUUGCCUGAUUCUGAGUGAUGAACUGAACCAUGCGUCACUCGUUCUAGGAGCAAGACUGUCAGGGGCAACCAUUCGAAUCUUCAAACAUAACAAUAUGCAGAGCCUAGAGAAGCUUUUGAAAGAUGCCAUUGUUUAUGGUCAACCUCGGACGCGAAGGCCCUGGAAGAAAAUUCUAAUCCUUGUGGAAGGAAUAUAUAGCAUGGAGGGAUCCAUUGUUCGCCUUCCUGAAGUGAUUGCCCUUAAGAAGAAAUACAAAGCAUACUUGUAUCUAGAUGAAGCUCACAGCAUUGGGGCCCUGGGCCCUACAGGUCGAGGUGUGGUAGACUACUUUGGCCUGAAUCCUGAAGAUGUGGACGUUUUGAUGGGAACCUUCACAAAGAGUUUUGGUGCCUCUGGAGGAUACAUCGGGGGCAAGAAGGAGCUGAUAGACUAUCUGCGAACACAUUCUCAUAGUGCAGUGUAUGCCACGUCUAUGUCACCACCUGUUGUGGAGCAGAUCAUCACCUCUAUGAAGUGCAUUAUGGGGCUGGAUGGCACCAGCCUUGGCAAAGAGUGUGUGCAGCAGUUAGCUGAAAACACCAGAUAUUUCAGGAGACGCCUGAAAGAGAUGGGCUUCAUCAUCUAUGGAAAUGAAGAUUCUCCAGUGGUGCCUUUGAUGCUCUACAUGCCAGCCAAAAUUGGUGCCUUCGGACGGGAGAUGUUGAAGCGGAACAUUGGUGUGGUUGUGGUGGGAUUUCCUGCUACCCCUAUUAGUGAGUCCAGAGCCAGAUUUUGCUUGUCGGCAGCUCAUACCAAAGAAAUACUUGAUACUGCUUUAAAGGAGAUAGAUGAAGUUGGGGACCUAUUGCAGCUAAAGUAUUCCCGCCAUCGGUUGGUACCUCUACUGGACAGGCCCUUUGACGAGACUACGUAUGAAGAAACAGAAGACUGAGCCUUUUUGGUGCUCCCUUAGAGGAACCCUCCCUCACCCAGGACAGUGUGUGGCCUUUCUGAGCCAUUUCCAGGAACCACAUUUCUGUGGCCAUCUCACGUGAAAGACAUUGCCUCAACUACCGAAGGUGGCCACCUCCACUCUAAAUGGCGUUUUGUAAAUAGUAAAAACUGCUUCACAUCCUUCCUUUGCUACAUCUCACCUUCAAAAAGAAAGGUGGCUCACUUUGUCUUUUUUUCCAUUAAAAGAAAUUUUAUUUUAUAACUAUUCUGCUUGUGAAAUCACGCUGACCCCAGCCUGUCUGUGGCUAACCAUGCAGGCCAUUCCUCUCUGCUGUCCACCACGCAGACGGCUGGUUCUCCUUCCGGGCCCAUCAAGAGCUACUGCUGGUCCUGGCCCCGUAGCCUCGAGACUCACCUGGCCCUCCUCACUAGGGAGCAAGUGCCUUCCACUUACUUCCCACCAGGUCUCAGUUUGCCAACCUUUGAAUCCUUAUGUAACCCAUCAGGUGAUCAACCAAAGUAUUCUUUCUUUAGUCUUAAGUUUUGCCUCUUAAAAAAAAAAAGUCCGUAACCAGUAACAUUGCCAAAAGGCUCAUUAUCUAGCUCCCCUGUGGCCAGGGACCUCCCCAGGCUUUGCUCUUACUCCAUUUUGUUCUGGUCACCAGAUAUUUUCUUCCUCCACUAUCAAAUAUUUCUUCAUGACGGUCAGUGUCUGGGCUUUUCCCAAGCUCUAACCCUAACACACACACACGCACACACACACCCCCUCGGUUUAGAACACUUACUGUUUUAAAAGCACCCACCUCUCAUCCUGGUCAGACCUCUGUGGUAAAGAUGAUUGUCACACCUUACUAUUUUGUGUACAAAGCUGGUCUGUAGAGUGACAGGCACCCCAGUGGUGUGAGGGCACAGGGCCAGUGUGGAAAGAAUUGAUUACUACUUGCAGAAUGCCUGUGGUUUGAAUUUCUUACUGCUUUCCACUUUUCAAAACAAUAACAGCUUCUGCUGUGUCUGGGUCCAGGUCAGGACUUUACCUGCAAAAGGAAAAUACUGGUAAAUUCUCUACUCAGAAAUCACUUGUCAUGUUCCAGUUGAAGGAUUAAAGUUACUAAAUCCCUUUUUGAAGCUGACCCAUUUCAAUAGUACUCUUUUGAUGGCUAGUUUUUCUUUUAUUCUUGAUGUCCUAAGAUGAUCUUAACCUAGCAUCUGGGGCUUAGAGUCUCCCUGUCCUUCCAUUCCUUCUUUCAUCCUCCAUCCCAUCUCCUAUUUUUCUGAGAAAUUCUGGACACAUCUCUCUUUCCUAAAGUGGGGUCCUAUUUCAACUCAGUCUUCAUAGCAUAACAGUGUAAAAGGACUUCUUUCAGAGAGCUUUAUGCUGCAUGACCAAAGAACAAAUCUGAAAAUCACCGUUUUUAUGUUCUUCUCUUUCCGUUGACCAAAGCUUAAUUGAGGAGAACUUUUGGCUUUAUUAUUCCCAAGAUCAGCCUUUUAGUCACCAUCAAGGAUCACAGGGGAAGGAUUGUAACAGAGUGGGAAAAGAACGUGUGGAAGUAGUUUUGCACAUCUCUAUUUUGAAAUCACUCCUUUUGUUGGUAAAGAUUCUCAGUCCAAAUUACUGUGGGCAUCUUCCACGUCACUGCAUGUGCAGACACACGUAGUGGGGGAAUAUUAGCAAUAUUAGUGUUUGUGGAGUUUUGUUUUCAUGUCUUGAGUAUAAGUUAUCUUUGGUUACUCUCAGCAUCUGAAAGCUUUAAGCCCUUGAGAUAUUCCAAAGUUUUAUUUUACCUUUUUAAAGUAUAGAAAAGGGUAAACCAAAGAAGCAAGUGGAGAUGCAGGGAAUAUAUUUAUCAUUUACAAGUGGAAGUAAAAAAGAGAUUGGUGCAAAACUAAGUUACUAGUCCUGUAAAAUCAGACACAUGGCUAACCUUUCCUGCACAUCUAGUUCCUCCCAUAGAAUCAACACUACAAUACCAGCAGCUUUCACACUGCAGUUAAUAUUUAAUGGUAUAAGGUUUGCAAAAGUCAGAAACUUUAUUAAGCAAUGAACUUACCUGCUAGUGUUUUUUAUGUUGGUAUGCAUGAAGUGACUGCAAAUUAAAAUGUCAGUAUGGGCAUUUAAAACAACAUUAUCAUCACUGUGCCAGUGCAAACAUUUCUGAGAAUAAAUGUAGUUAGGCAACAAGUUUAUUUUGAAGGGACAAAACUCCUCUGAUCUACCCAGGACCUUGGUACUUUUAGAAGACAAAAUAUUAUAUAUACUUAUACAUACUGGUUGUCUUGAAACUAUAAUAGAAAUCUAGGGUCCAGGUCAUAUGACAGGUAUUAUUUAUCCAAGCAUUUGGGGGUGUACAAAUAUAUAUAAAUACAAGCAUUGAGAAUGAGUAGAAAUUUGGGGCCAAGUAUUGUUUAAUACACAGUUUAGUACAUGGCCUGAUUUCAAGAAUCUGAUGGGAUUCAAUUAAGCAUCAGUUAACCGUUACUACCAAAAGCCAAUAUCAAGGUCACUCAGUAGAGACAUGACUGAUCCUCACCGUUUUUUGUCAUCCCUCUUUUUUUAUUUAGGGUCAGAGAGUCACAACAAACUUCCUCACGCAGUCAUGUAAGGUGAACAGAAAUAUCCCAGACAACUACCGAAGGUUGUACUUGCCUGGUGCCCUUUCAGUCAGCCAAAGAAUUGAACAUUCUUCCAGUGCUUUGUCCUUUAAUCUCUCCCUCCUUUAUUUGGCUUUUCUUUCUUUCUGUGUUUUCCAGUUCUCGAUUUUUAGAAUUUCAGCCCCAGAGAAAACUGUUAACGUGGUGGUGCUGGGCUUUGGGGGGUCAGUAGAUCAGAUCUCCUGAUUCUCCUUGUACGUUCAGCUUUACGUUCCGAGAAGAGGCAGGAAGUUUUUUAUUUCUUGCCCCUUAAGGGAGCCUGUAUCUGAGCUUCUUUUGAUUUAGUAUGGUCCAGCUAAAUUUUCUAGUGAAUGGUACACUUCUCUUCCUUCCUGUUAGUGAGAACCAGGAGGAAGAAUGGCUUACGUGGGGAGAUUCUUCGCUUCUCAGGGAAGGAGAAAAAAUGGUAUCUACCGCCACCUCCCCGUGUUUGUCCCCUUUUCCAAAUUGGUGAGCGUCUCUGGCCCCCGGUGAUAAUGGAAUGGGCAACAGUGCAGAACUGCUAGUCAUGUCAUGGGUUAGUGAAGAAAGAGAAUUUGGACAAUUCCUGCUAGAGAAAUUUAAUACAAUUGACUGUCGGGGUUCUAUUGCGUAAAGAACUGCAAUGAUCUAAUUCCCACGUAGGUGUCUUUCCUCUCCUCGAGUUUUAGGUAACCCAAAAUGGGUUUUCAUCUCUGCUUGUGUGGUUAGGAAAAGGGGGAGAAGAGUGGGUUUCCUUCUAACUGCCUACCUUCAUGAAGAUCAGGAAUUGUUGAGCAUUUCACAUAGGUAAAAUCAGCUUAGCCUAAGGGGGUUGUGAAGAGACGUGUGAGAAUCAAAGAAUUCUUAGUGGCUGUUCAGUGUCUGUUUGCUUAAAUACAACCCCAAAACCUACAGAUGUGCUGCUACCUGCUUAACAUGGAAGCUCAGUGCCCAACAGGGAUCUUAAUCCAUUAAGCUAGUUAAUCAAACACCUUCCACAUGGACAGAGAAGCAUGUCUGUUCUUUCCUCAGCUUUACCCACAUGAAAUGCAGUGGUCAGCCUCCCAGCCAACUGCCAUAUAGCAGAAUUGAAGAGUGGCUUCCUUCCUUACCAUACAGAGGAAGUGGUAGGACUAGCCAAUGAGCCCUUUGCUUUUAAUGGUAUAGAGUACUGUCGUCACUUUUCUUGUUUCCAGUGACUUGUUUUCUGGGUAUCUUUUGCUAUAGACUGAAUCUUGGGGGAAAGCCAGAGGGGCUAGCUUGUGCCCUUAACGAAAACGUUUUCUAGUCUCUGGUGAGUCUGGAGGUUUCACAUUCCCAGUCCACCCUUGGGAGAGGCUUGGUGGGGGGAGCUGUGGGCAGGUUUUAUUUACUUUAUAGGAUACAUGAUAAAUAGCCUUAACUGUGAUUCUUUUUGGUAUGAUGAGUUAUAAUAAACUGACCCUAAAGAAUGCAAUGGCUCUUAAACUGUAGUUACUGUGAAGCAAUACCCAAAGCUCUGUCCUUUUGGAGCAGUUGUGGACAGGUUGAAUCUAAGAUAAAAACAAGAGGAGUAGCCUGAUGUUGUGCUUUCUACAUGUACUGCCUUGUUGCCAUCUGCAUGGAUGAUAACCCUUCCGUGCACGAGGAGCCUUGAGCCAACUCAGAGUCUGCUUUUUCCAAUAUAAUUCCCAGAUUUCCUUGUGCAAAGCUUGGACAUUUGGCCCAGGCCUUCAAGGGAGUGGGAGACAUCACUGAUGAGGGUGGAGUGGUGAUUUGUCCUUACCCUUGGCAUUAGGUCUUGUUACCUCAGUGAAGUUAAGCUUGGAACAAUGAUUGGCGUGAUAAAAGCAUCCUUGCAGGUUCUUCCCAAGACACUGGUGAAAUCACCCUGUCAAUUCAGGCAGUGUGCCCAUAGAAUCUUGAUGAUCCCUCUCUGUGUAAAGGCAGCUAACAUUAAGAGAAGGGGGAAAGAGAUAGAGAAAUUGCUUAUGGGGGAGCUGAUAUCUUAUUUUCUUGGCCCAUAUUUUUCCACUGACCAAGUUACCUGUAAACUGGAAUUUGCAAGGGGUUCUGUGAUACCUCAUCUCUGUUGCUGUAAUAUGGGAAAAUGAGAGGAGGGGACAUGUAAAUAAAAAUUUUUAAAUUUUAAAAAUCCAGUAACAUUUUAAAACAAAUAUCUCUUCCUCUCUUACAGCUUGCCCAGUUUUUGGCAGAUGAUUUUCUUUUUUUUUUUUUACUUUGUUGGAUGAGUGUGAAGUGGGUUGGGGUAGGUGUAUCAGUUUUGAGAGCGCAUGUUAAGAACUGAAGGGAACUACUUGAGAUGACUUAAGAAUUUUUCCGUGCAAAUAUAUUCUGUUCUGCCCUAAUAAAAUAUUCAAAAAGAU